AUGGCAGGGUCUGGGGAAGGGGCAGCAGGCACCAUAUUGGGCCGUAAUGGUGGCAAGAAGAAGCCCCUGAAGCAGCCCAGGAAGCAAGCCAAGGAGACGGACCAGGAAGAUAAUACAUUCAAGCAGAAACAGAAGGAAGAGCAGAAGAAACUGGAGGAGCUAAAAGCAAAGGCCUCGGGGAAAGGCCCUCUGGCCAGAGGUGAAAUUAAGAAAUUUGGCAAACAGUAAGCUGUUCCUUCGGAGAAGGCAA